UCAAAAUGCGACUAAAAAACUUCUAAAUAGUUCAUGAUUAAAACUGGAAUCAAAACAAUUAACAGUUAUUAAUUAAAAAUUUGCAUAAGUGUAAGUUGAUAGUAUGUUUAUUAGACGUUUUCCAAAUAGGUUAAAAAGCCUUAAAUGUAAGCUAUUCUCUAAAAUAAAUCUGCGAUUUUAUUCCAAUGGACAAGUGAGAGUUAGAUUUGCACCUAGUCCUACAGGUUAUUUACAUUUGGGAGGUUUACGAACAGCUUUGUACAAUUACCUUUUUGCUAAAAAGCACAAUGGCGUUUUUAUUCUACGCAUCGAAGAUACAGAUCGAACUAGAACAAUUCCUAGAGCUGCGGAUAAAUUACAAGAAGAUUUAUCUUGGGCUGGAAUAGAAGUAGAUGAAGGGCCACUGCAGGGUGGCUGUUCUGGUCCUUAUAUUCAAUCAGAAAGGCUUCAGUUAUACAAGGAUCAUAUAAAAUUAUUGCUCAACACUGGUUCAGCUUAUCCAUGUUUUUGUACUGAAAGGAGACUUAAUCUAUUGAGAAAAGAAGCCCUGAAAAUGCAAGAGAUACCUAAAUAUGAUAACAAAUGUCGCGACUUGUUAAAGGAGGAAGUGGAAGUCCGUAUUAAAAAAGGCGAGCCGCAUUGUAUUAGAUUUAAGAUCAGUAAUAAAGAAGAAUCAUUUGAUGAUUUAAUUUAUGGCAAUAUUAGCUACAAUGUUUCUCUUAACGAAGGAGAUCCUGUUAUUAUAAAAUCGGAUGGAUACCCCACCUAUCAUUAUGCCAAUGUAAUCGAUGAUCAUUUAAUGAAGAUUACUCAUGUUUUGAGAGGGGUAGAGUGGCAAAUUUCAACUACAAAGCAUUUGAUGCUGUAUAGAGCUUUUGGUUGGAAUCCACCAAGUUUUGGCCAUUUACCUUUAUUGAUGAAUGCGGAUGGCAGUAAACUGAGCAAACGUCAAGGCGAUAUUCGAAUAAGCUCUUACAGAGAAAACGGUAUAUUCCCGUUAGCUUUGAUUAAUUAUAUUGCAAACUCCGGUGGUGGUUUCGAAAAGGAUCAAGAACGAUAUAUAAAACCAAAAUGUUAUACUUUGGAACAGUUGGCCUCUCAGUUUGAUUUGUCUAAAAUAAAUUCGCAUUCGGGGAAAUUAAUGUCUGAGAUGUUACCGGAAUUUAAUCGUUUGGAAUUAAAAAGGCAAUUUGAAGAAAAGCAUUUGAGAAGUAAAUUGGUACUAAAUGUAAAGGAACUCUUAAAAAAUACGUAUCCUGAGAGAGUUGAAAACGGUUCCCUCCAAUAUUCUGAUGAAUAUAUAACAAGGAUUUUGGAGUGGUCCCUACAUAGAAUAGAUAAAUUAUCGGAUUUAUUUUCGAAAAACUUGGAAUUCAUAUGGGCCCUACCGACCUCAUAUUCUCUCGACGAAAAUGUUUAUAUUAGUCUAAAAUUACUUAAAGAUGAACUGAGUAGUAUAAAGGACUUUAACAGGGAAGAGUUAAAUACCACUCUGAAGCAUAUUAGUAAAAAGCAUAAUAUAAAAUAUGGCAAAUUUAUGAAGGAUUUACGAUUGGUAUUGAGUGGUUUGAACGAAGGACCUAGUGUAGCAGAAAUAAUAUCCAUAUUAGGGAAAGAUGAUACGUUCAGAAGGAUUGAUCUAUGUUUAAAUAAAACUAAUAAAAUAAGGUAAUAGUUUAUUUGCUGAUAACUAGUUUAUUUAAAUAUUACAAAA